UGCCGCUGCGCCGGGGCCCGGGAGGCUGCGCGCGCCGAGCCGAGCAGAGCCAGGGAGGGAUGGAGAGCGGGCCGCCCGGGCUACAGGAGCACCGGCAAGGGGCGUAGGCGGGCAAGAAGCGGGCACUGGGGCACGAGAAGUGUGCAGACGCAGGAGCACUUUGCGAUAGGAUGAGGCUCUUGGCUGGCGCGCGGUAGUACUAUGAUUUGGUAUGUGGCCACUUUGAUAGCAAGUGUGAUCAGCACCCGAGGUCUUGCGGCUCAAGGUGCCCACGGCCUGCGAGAGGAACCCGAGUUUGUGACUGCUCGAGCUGGUGAGGGUGUGGUUCUGCGAUGCGACGUAAUCCAUCCAGUGACGGGACAGCCCCCACCCUAUGUUGUAGAGUGGUUCAAGUUUGGGGUCCCCAUCCCUAUCUUCAUCAAGUUUGGCUAUUAUCCCCCACAUGUGGACCCUGAGUAUGCAGGCCGGGCCAGUCUUCAUGAUAAAGCUUCUCUGCGGCUGGAGCAGGUGCGCUCUGAGGACCAGGGCUGGUACGAGUGCAAAGUUCUCAUGCUGGACCAGCAGUAUGACACAUUCCACAACGGCAGCUGGGUCCAUCUCACCAUUAAUGCCCCUCCCACCUUUACAGAAACACCCCCUCAGUACAUCGAGGCCAAGGAAGGUGGAAGUAUUACCAUGACUUGCACUGCUUUUGGGAAUCCUAAGCCCAUCGUCACCUGGCUCAAGGAAGGGACCCUCCUCGGUGCUAGUGGAAAGUACCAGGUGAGUGACGGUAGCUUGACGGUGACAUCAGUCAGUCGGGAGGACAGAGGCGCCUAUACCUGUCGAGCAUAUAGCAUCCAGGGUGAGGCUGUGCACACAACCCAUCUGCUUGUUCAAGGGCCUCCCUUCAUUGUUUCCCCUCCUGAGAACAUCACCGUCAACAUCUCCCAGGAUGCUCUGCUUACCUGCAGGGCAGAGGCGUAUCCCAGCAACCUCACCUACACCUGGUACUGGCAGGAUGAGAACGUCUACUUCCAGAAUGACCUGAAGCUGAGAGUGCGGAUCCUCAUUGAUGGGACACUGAUCAUCUUCCGAGUGAAGCCUGAGGAUGCUGGGAAGUAUACCUGUGUCCCUAGCAACAGCCUGGGGCGCUCCCCAUCUGCCUCAGCAUACCUAACUGUGCAGUACCCAGCCCGUGUCCUCAACAUGCCCCCUGUAAUCUAUGUGCCCGUGGGAAUCCAUGGCUAUAUCCGCUGUCCUGUGGAUGCAGAGCCACCUGCUACUGUGGUGAAGUGGAAUAAGGAUGGCCGGCCACUGCAGGUAGAGAAGAACUUGGGUUGGACCUUGAUGGAGGAUGGCUCUAUUCGCAUUGAGGAGGCCACAGAGGAGGCUCUUGGCACUUACACCUGUGUGCCUUAUAACACUUUGGGGACCAUGGGCCAGUCUGCCCCUGCACGGCUUGUCCUGAAGGACCCCCCGUAUUUCACGGUGCUACCUGGCUGGGAGUACAGACAGGAGGCUGGCCGGGAGCUGCUCAUCCCCUGUGCAGCUGCAGGGGACCCCUUCCCUGUCAUCACCUGGAGGAAGGUAGGGAAGCCCAGCAGAAGCAAGCACAACGCCCUGCCCAGCGGGAGUCUCCAGUUUCGUGCCCUGAGUAAGGAGGACCACGGGGAGUGGGAAUGUGUUGCCACCAAUGUGGUCACAAGCAUCACUGCCAGCACCCACCUCACUGUCAUCGGCACCAGUCCCCAUGCCCCAGGCAGUGUCCGGGUCCAGGUCUCCAUGACAACUGCCAAUGUGUCCUGGGAGCCAGGCUAUGAUGGAGGCUACGAGCAGACAUUCUCAGUUUGGUACGGACCUCUGAUGAAGCGGGCUCAGUUUGGGCCCCACGACUGGCUGUCCUUGUCAGUGCCACCGGGCCCCAGCUGGUUGCUGGUAGACAGCCUGGAGCCCGAGACCGCAUACCAGUUCAGUGUCCUGGCCCAGAACAGGCUGGGAACCAGCGCCUUCAGUGAGGUGGUCACUGUGAACACUUUAGCAUUCCCUGUUACAACUCCAGAACCCCUGGUGCUGGUGACCCCACCAAGGUGCCUCACAGCCAACCGGACCCAGCAGGGUGUGCUCCUGUCCUGGCUCCCACCUGCCAAUCAUAGCUUCCCCAUUGACCGCUAUAUAAUGGAGUUCCGAGUUGGGGAACGCUGGGAGAUGCUAGAUGAUGCCAUUCCAGGCACGGAUGGAGAUUUUUUUGCCAAGGAUCUGUCACAGGAUACCUGGUAUGAGUUCCGGGUUUUGGCUGUCAUGCAGGAUCUGAUCAGCGAACCCAGCAACAUCGCCGGUGUCUCCAGCACAGACAUCUUCCCACAGCCGGACCUGACCGAUGAUGGGCUGGCCCGGCCGGUGUUGGCUGGAAUAGUAGCCACCAUCUGUUUCCUGGCGGCCGCCAUCCUCUUCAGCACUCUGGCUGCCUGCUUUGUCAACAAGCAGCGCAAGCGCAAACUCAAGCGGAAGAAAGAUCCUCCACUUUCCAUCACUCACUGUAGGAAGAGUCUUGAGUCUCCCUUGUCCUCUGGCAAGGUGAGUCCUGAGAGCAUCCGCACACUCCGAGCCCCAUCUGAGUCCUCUGACGACCAGGGCCAGCCUGCGGCCAAGAGGAUGCUGAGCCCUACAAGGGAGAAAGAGCUAUCCUUGUACAAAAAGACCAAGAGGGCUAUCAGCAGCCGGAAGUACAGUGUGGCCAAGGCUGAGGCUGAAGCUGAGGCCACCACACCCAUCGAGCUGAUCAGUAGAGGCCCGGAUGGCCGCUUUGUCAUGGGCCCGUCGGAGAUCGAGCCCUCCGUGAAGGGCCGUCGAAUCGAGGGCUUCCCAUUUGCUGAGGAGACGGACAUGUACCCUGAGUUCCGGCAGUCGGACGAGGAGAACGACGACCCACUGGUGCCCACGUCUGUGGCUGCUCUGAAGCCUCAGCUGACCCCUAUGUCUUCCAGCCAGGACUCUUACCUGCCACCACCAGCAUACAGCCCUCGGUUCCAGCCUCGUGGGCUCGAGGGCCCCAGUGGACUGGGAGGACGACUCCAGGCUACUGGCCAAGCGAGGCCCCCUGCCCCUCGACCCUUCCACCAUGGCCAGUAUUAUGGGUACCUCAGCAGCAGCAGCCCUGGGGAGGUGGAGCCUCCACCCUUCUAUAUGCCGGAAGUGGGCAGCCCCUUGAGCUCAGUCAUGUCGUCCCCACCCCUGCACACCGAGGGGCCUUUUGGCCACCCCACCAUCCCUGAGGAAAAUGGAGAGAACGCUUCCAACAGCACUUUGCCCUUGACUCAGACACCUACAGGAGGGCGCUCCCCUGAGCCCUGGGGCCGGCCAGAAUUUCCCUUUGGGGGACUGGAGACCCCAGCCAUGAUGUUCCCCCACCAGCUGCACCCCUGUGAUGUGGCCGAGAGUUUGCAACCCAAGGCCUGCCUGCCCCGAGGACUGCCCCCAGCCCCACUCCAGGUGCCUGCAGCCUAUCCAGGCAUGCUCUCUCUGGAGGCACCAAAGGGCUGGGUAGCUAAGUCACCUGGCAGGGGUCCCAUCCCGGCGCCCCCUGCCACCAAGUGGCAGGACAGACCUAUGCAACCUCUGGUCAGCCAAGGGCAGCUAAGACAUACCAGCCAAGGUAUGGGGAUACCGGUGUUGCCUUACCCGGAGCCAGCCGAGCCCGGGGGGCACGGUGGCCCCAGCACAUUUGGUCUGGACACCCGGUGGUACGAGCCCCAGCCCCGGCCCCGGCCCAGCCCCCGGCAGGCCCGGCGUGCCGAGCCCAGUUUACAUCAAGUGGUGCUACAGCCCUCCAGGCUCUCACCUCUGACCCAAAGCCCCCUCAGUUCCCGCACUGGCUCCCCUGAGCUCGCUGCUCGUGCCCGACCUCGACCAGGCCUCCUUCAGCAGGCAGAGAUGUCGGAGAUCACACUGCAGCCGCCAGCCGCGGUCAGCUUCUCUCGCAAGUCCACGCCAUCCACUGGAUCUCCUUCACAGAGCAGCCGCAGUGGGAGCCCCAGCUACAGGCCCACCAUGGGCUUCACCACUCUGGCCACCGGCUACCCUUCUCCUCCACCGGGCCCUGCCCCUCCGGCACCCGGGGACAACUUGGAUGUGUUUGGACAGACACCUUCCCCUCGAAGGAUGGGGGAGGAGCCACUCCGGCCAGAGCCCCCAACAACCUUACCUACUUCAGGAAUACUUCCACCUGCACCCGGGAAUGCUGCUGUGCCUGAGAGGCUGGAGGCUCUGAGAUACCAACGGAUAAAGAAGCCCAAAAAGUCAUCCAAGGGCUCUUCGAAGUCAAAGAAACGAUCCGACGGUUCUGCCUCCCAGGCUCAGCAGCUUCCCAACUCUCAGGUUCUGUGGCCCGACGAAGCUGUCUGCCUCCGAAAGAAGAAGAGACACUCUCGCCCGGAUCCCUUUGCCCGGCUUUCAGACUUGUGCCACCGUCAGCUUCCGGAAGACCAGACAGCGAUCCUCAACAGCGUGGAUCACGAUGACCCAGGCCACGCAACUCUGCUAUGAUUUGACAUCACUCUAAGUGUCCCCAAGGUGGGGUGCUAGGCUAAAGGGGGCAGAAAGGGACCAUUGUACAGGGCCUUGUCCUCCUUUGCCCAUCAUGGGAUGGCUCAAGCCCUUGUCCUGUGUGUGUUUCCUCCUGCCAGGGCGGGCCUCUCCCCCAUGGUCUAGCAAGCUAGCAUUGUCCACAGAACAGAGGACUGGGGGAAGAGCUUUUAACAGUGGGUCAGAGCUGGGGACGGAAAACAUCUGUCUCAACAGCACCUCUCCCACUUUACUAGAUUGAUUCUUCUUACUUAUUUCAAAUGUCUUAGGAAGUGAAAGAGAGGAAAGCAAUGGCUUUUACUACUGUGCAUUUGUCUCAGUUCUCCAAGUCCUGGGAUGGGGUUAGAAUUACAUCCUGUCCUCCAAACUCUGCAUAUAUAUAGAUAUAGAUACAAAUGCACUUGUGUGUAGUUGGUGGGUUUCUCUAUGUGUAUAUAUAUGUACAUUGAAGCAAAAUGCUGUUUCUCCCUGUGGUCAGUGAAGGACUGAGGAAGCUACUGAACAGUAGGCUGGGUGAGCUGGGCUGGCUACGAGCUGGUGGCUGUCCUCAUAUCUGUCUUGGGAGAUCAUUGCAGCUGAAACAGGAUUCAUGUGUCUCAGCUCUCCCGUCUAGAGCAGAAAUGGGGUCCUGCCAUCAUUUCUAGCUCCCUGCUUUGGGGUGGUUAGCAACAAGUUAGCCCUGAACUAAACCCAAGCCUUUGUUACCUGCUUGCUAGGUGGAGAAAGUAUGGCCAGGCACGAGGCUAGACUAGCGUCUUUCUUUCUUCUGCAGUUCGACACUCACCACAGAAGCAGUGAUUGUUUAGCAGCGGGGCUCACAUGCUCAUGCCUCAGUCUAUUCUGGUCCAGCCAGGGCUAGGAGCCCUGCAGCCAAAGGCCCUCCUGUUCUGCAGCCACCUGUGCUGAGCACACUGCCAUGAGCUCUAUUUAUACCCAUCUCUGCCCGGCACUCUGAGCAGUGCUCCCUGGCGGCAGAUUGGCUCCUCCUCUCCUUUUGUGUCUGCUAAUUCUCCAGAUUGAUUAAUUGCCAUUUGUGGGAGCUGCCUGUGGCUCAUUGGCAUACUCUCUAUGUGUUGCCUGCCAACUCUGCUUUGUCCUGGGGUCCUUCUCCACCCCCUGGACCCAGUCUGUAGUGCAUGAGAUGAAGAGAUGGGGGGUGCCUAAGAUUGUUGAGUUCUGGGGUGAUCUUUCCUCAAUGCUCCUGUGUGGAGCUGGCUGAGGCACAGGAAUGAAGGUGGAAGGGGUGGUGGGUAGGCACCAUGGCCGUAAUCCUUUCUCUGUCCAAAUCUUGUACUGGUUUGAACCAUUAGCCCAAGGAAGUUUUCCUAAUGCUAUUUGUCAAUUCAGAUGCUUCUCUCUCUCCUUAAAAGGUUAUGGUGUUAAUUUACGAGUAGGAAAGGGAGAGAGUGGGCACAACCUCCCCUUCCCUCCGGCUUAGCCUAAAAUAGUGGGAACUGCCAGCUUCCUGGAAGUAUUCCUUCUUGGUGCUGCUGUGUCCAUCUCUCCCAAGUGACCGCCUUGGGCAUUAGCCAUGUCUGCUGGCAGACUUCUGCUGGCCCCGUGGAAGCUGCCAGUCACUAUGCCUCCUGACCUUGAUGGGGUUCCCAGGGGCUGGGAAGCUGGGUUGUUUGUUUGUUUUUUGUUUUUUUUGUUUUGGUUUUUUUUUGUUGUUGUUUGUUUUUUUCAGAGCUUCCAUCUUGGGGGAUUGACUGCAUCUCUGCAGCCAGGCCUUGGUGCUUCCUUCUCUCUCCUAGUGAGCUAGGCAUGAGCUCCACCCGUGAGGCUUCACCAUGCAAGCCACACUACCACAGCUUUCUUCUGGACAUGGGGAAAAGAGGUAUGGAGGGCAGAGUUUCUUUUGCUCUGAGAUUAGGGCCACAUACCCUGGACCCUGCAACCGAUGUGAUUCUCAGAGGUGUUGGUGACUACUGGACCUCUGGACUUCAGCUCUACUGAAGUAGAAGAGUUGAGUUUGAAAACUCACAUUUUCUUUCAGAAGUGGCCCACUGCUUCUGCCACUGUGACACCAUGGGCUACUCACUCAAGUGUUUCCUGGGGCUACUGGGAACAGCUACCUGAAAUACUGGGGCAGUAUUUGGAGGCUCAUGGUGGCCUAGUAUGUGGUCUUUGCUUGCUCUCUCACAGCGUGUGUUUCUUCAACUGUGGAAUGUAAAAGUAGAGUGUCAAGGCUGGUAGACUUUGUACUGAACUUGGCCAACUGUUCUGAGGACCCUUCUAGGAAUUGCCACCGUUUGGGCCUUGAAGUUACAACUGAGGAGAAGCUGGGUCGAUAACUUUUCUUCUGUGGGACGUUGUACGGCGAAGAGCCAAACCCUGUGGGCUGAGAUGCCUCAGUCCAUGCCUGGGCUUGCAGGCUGGGCUUGCAGGCUGUGCUAACAAAGGUGCUGACUCCUUCUUCCUCUUCUUGCCUCUGGCAGGGCCUUUUACCUCUGCCUAGCUGACCAAAUGGUGGAAACUGCUUUUGACUGGCCACUGGGUGGCAGCUGUGCUAUUGUGGCCCCUGGGCUCACAGUGGACACAAUGUCUACCCAUUCCAAAGUGGCCUCUGAUGCAUUCUUCUCCUAAGAGGUCUUCCUUCUUGUGGCUUUUCUUGGAGGUCAGCAGCAUUCCUGCACUUCAGGAAACUGAUUCAGCCCUUUGAUGACUGCAAAGCAAACUGGCAGGAUACAAUCCCCAUGGUAAAUAAGAUGGCUAGGGUGUCAUAGGCGCACUCUCAAAUGCUGGGCAUGGGCGCGUUUGACAGUCUGUUUAGAAAUGUGUGACGUUGGGGUGUAUCCACUUCUAGGGGCCAAUGACCUUUACAUUCUUCCUUUGAACUUGGCAGUGACCUCUUUUGAGCUUCCUAGGGCUUUCACCCUUCUUGCUGUGGGAGAUCAAGUCUUCCAAAUCCUCACCUUUGGGUCUGGUAGCCUUGUAGAAGUACCCCAGUUCAAAACCUAUUACUGUACUCAGUCUUUUUUUUUUUUCUAUCUUUUCCUUAUGUACCUUAACUGGAAGUGCUAUCUCAGAGUUUAAGCCAUCAGCUAGAAAGAGAGUAACGUGGUUCUCUAAGGGCCCAGAAAGAUUGCAGUUGUGCGGGGGGAAACAUGAGAGUCUUUCUCAGCAGGAAGGGUAUUGUAUCACACAUCGUGAGCAGGAUCUGAACUCUGUCUCUAGGGGCCUGGGUUCUGCAUUUGGGGGAGAUUUCAGCACGGUAGGUUAGAACAAUUACUUAUUGGUAUUUUUCCAUUGUUUUCGCUCUUUAUUUAUGCACAGCAACCUAAGCUAUUUGAGGUUGAAGAGAUGUUUAUUUGUUCAUUGUUCUUCUCUUUUUAUGCAGAGGAAACUGGGUAAGGUUGAGAUGUAGGUUUCCUUUUUUCCCCCCUGGUGGUGAGAUUAGCACACAGUAGCUUCAGGGGAGGCAUCCCAGAACAUUAGGGUACCUUAGUUGCAUCCUAAGAGCUGAAUCUGAGACUGAGGUAUAGUAGCUUGAGCCAUUUCUUCUGAUUUUGGUAGAAAAACCUUUUAGAGGGCUUGGGGUGGGCUGGGAGAAUUAUAGAUAAGUACAUUUAAUAGUAUGUAGAGAACUCUAGGAAGUGAAAAGCUAAUGGUUCAUACUUGCUUUGCUUGCAUGUCAAGGUGCUUUUGGGGGGCGCUGCGGGACUUGGGGGUAGGAGGAUAGAGUCAAGGGCAGAGAUGGCGACAUGGGAGCUAGUACUAAUACUAUCUCUGGAAUCCUGAGCAGUUUUGCUAGUGCUCCUUGGCUUGGCUCUACCCUUUAUACAGGCUCCAAUACAAUGGGGGCUCAGGGUCUUGCUGAUCACCUUUGUCUCUUUGGGAACAGGCUCAGGAUGUGGCUUAGUGGCCAUUCUGCAUUGAAUACAGUAGUUGAUUGGGCAGGUGUGAUUCAAGAAGGGAAGUUAGAGGGUUGGAGCACGGUGAGAUAGCCUGAUUUUUGUUAGGGUACGUGAGACUUAGAAGGAGAGAGUAGUAAAACAGUUGUUGAGAGUGGAGAAAUCCUGGGAUGGCAAGGUUAAGACUCACAUAGGACACCCAGCCUCCAAUUCUCUUUGGGGACACUCCUACUAACCGUGACAGUGCAGAUGGUUGGAGAAUCAUCACAAGGAAAUGAAUGACUGCCAAGGAGGGCAGUGAGAGGCAGGUGUUCCUGGUGUGGGAGAGAUGUAGCCACUGAGUACAGGUUGUGUGCAUGGCGUGGUAAGCAGGCCCAAACUGGUUCUUGGAAGAAAUCUUGCUUAUGGCACGGCUUUUCUGCUUGUAGAAGAACAGGCCUCUAAUGGUGAGUACCGAACACAGACUUCUUCUUUUUUUUUUUUUUUUUUUUUUUUCUGUUUAUGGAGCUUCUGUGGUGAAAAAUGGUAGACUAGCCUUCAAGUACCCUCAGUAGCUCCUUGUCAGUAGAAAGGGAAGGGUUGUUCUUGGGAGCAUGGUGUUCAUUCUUCUGGCAGCUGUGGCAGGCUGUGUUAGAAAGUACCCAACAGACACUGGUGCUGAUGGAGGAGAAAAGGCAGGGCCUCUAGACUUGUUAGUCUCUCUUCUUGACUUGUGGAGAAUUCCUUCAUCCUGGAGGCUACAUAGUGGCCUUGUGUCUAGAGGCUGUGUCUUCAAUUUCUCUUCCUUUGAUAGGUUAAAGAUACCACACUGUAACUAAGAGAGUAAAAUAAUUUUAUCUGAAAUCAGAGACCAUCUAUUGUAUACUCCUUACUUUAUCCAACUUCCUCUUGGAUCAAGAGGAAGAACUGAAGAUCUCUUUAAGAGAAGUCAAUAAACAGAGACUCGAAGCUCUGAUUGGACUCUAAUAACUCUUACCAAUGCAACACCAAUUUGGUGUUUGAAUGGGGCUGGCUUGUAACUGCUUUGCCUUUGAUGCUGAAUUGGCAUGGGUCCAGAGCGUUAUGUCUGGACCUCUGUCUAUACUUCCAAAUAAGCCUUUCAGGAACAAAUACACUGUCUGCACCAGAUGUUUGGUGUCUUGGAUUGCCAAGAGGGUAGAAUUUUUUUUUCAUGACCUCAUUUAAAACAAAAUAAUAAUAAUCCCUAAUCAAUUGAGUCUGAUCUAAAGACACUUCUAGGUCAUGGGGAUUUCUGUGUAAAUUAAAAAAAAAUGCAUUAGUGCAAAUCUUUUUAGUGGUUGGUGCCUUAGAAAGGGAAAGAGUUGGGGUACCCUAACUGCUGAAUAGUUGGGUCAAUCAGCAGCCAGCCGUUGAACCGCUUGGACAUUCUCUUCUGCAGCGGGUUGAUUGCAACAGUUAGGGAUUCUGAAAGGCACUGGUAAACAGUGAUCAGCUGUGUACUGCUGGCUGGGGAAUGCAAUCAAAGCAACACAAGAAACUCAGCUUGCAGCGAGGACCUUGACCAUCUACCUUUCCCACCCAACUUAACUACAUGGCAACAUGAAUGAUUGGGCUUGCUGUUCUUUGGGUCUUGAAGAAAUGUAUCCCACCAAUCCCUUCUCCCACUGGCAUUGAUUUCCUGGAUCUGUUCUAAGGAAGCAGAGCAAGCUAUUCCCCAACCCAUAUUCACAUCAUUUCAGGCUCUGUUUCCUUCCCCCAUCCCACUUGUGUGGCUCCAGGACCUCUGGCUUGUGCAUGGUUUAUGCUAGGGAGGUGGUUGGGUUACAGAGAGAACUGGGGAGGGUGUAGGGGUUUGGCGUGGGGAAGGGAAUUUGCAUUUUCAACCCUAAAAUACUGUAAGCACGCUUUGGGGUGACUGCUGGGAUUCUCACAAAAACAAUGGUUAGGGAAAAUGCCUGUUGCUCCUCAGAUGGGAGGUGGGGACUCGGGGGAUACUUGGCUUCUUUUUGGCUUAAGGAUCUGUUCUAUUAGGUGGAGGAGAAUAAGCCUCCUCACAGUCACCUUGCAAACCUUUGAAGGGAAACUUAUUCUAGCACUGAGUAGUCAUACUGCAGUCUGUCAUGGUUGACAUUGCUGUGGCUGGGUAGAGAAAUGGAGUGAUCUCAACUGUUUCUUUGCAGGUGUCAGAUUAACUGCCCGAUCAUGGACCCCCAGCCAACUAUUUACUCCAGUGUUCAGAAGUCAGUGUGUCAGACAGGUGUGAGAAUCUGUGAUGGGGGUGGUUUCUGAAUUGGCAUCUGAGUGUGCUUUGUGUACUUGCAGUGUGUGUGUGUGUGUGUGUGUGUGUGUGUGUGUAGUGUGUGUAAAGUAUGGGUAUGAUUUGUAUGUGUGCCGUGAGUAUGAGGGAACUAUAGAGACACUGCUUUGCCUGGGUAGCAUCAGGCUGAGUUAUGGCUGAUUCUUUCUUUGCUAGAUAAACUUCUGUUUUGGUAGGAGGGUCAUACUCAUAGUAUACUAUCUUGAGUGUAUUUUUUAUGGAGAUUGUAUAUAAAAUUAUAUAAAUAUAUAUAACUUGUUCUAUUUUAAGGCGAAAGGAGACUUAUUAGGGGGAGGGUACGAAUCAGAUGCAAUAGUGGUGACUAAUGGUGGGAGCUUCAGGUAAGUUGUCCACAUGGGGAAUGGGGGGAGUGGGUGGGGAAGAGAUAUAAGAUGGGCAGGAGUGGGCACUCAUGCCCUCUGCACACACAUAUAUAUAUGUAUAAAUAUAAAGAAAACCUAUAUAAAGCUAUCUAUCUAGCAUAUCUAUAUAUCUAUAUAUCUAUAUGAAGUCAUAGUUUGCUUUAUUUUUGUACCUGUGCUUAGAGACACUUUGAGCAGUAUCACCUCCCCCAGGUGGUCCGGGGUGCUAGCUCAUGCCUUGAUGCCACCUACUUCUCCAUCCUUCCUGAAACAGACUGUCUGUUUGAAGCUGCUUGGGUCUUUCUGGUAGAAAUGUGCAUAUGUGGAAAAACUAAAGUCAUUUGCAGAAAGAACAAGUGAGCUGAAGGCAUGGAGCUUCUGCAUCUGUCUGUCUGUCUCCUGUCAGGAAGGCUCCCUAAUUCAUGCUCUUUGGCAGAGGUGUUCAUUGUAGAAAGGAUGACGGAGAGCUCAGCAAGAAUCCGUGUGCCUAUGGCUAAGGGUUGGUACUCAGCUUUUUGGAAACAAUCUAGCUCUUGGACAGUGGGAGUUCAGAUUCUCUAGGCCUCAUGGUAACGCCUGUCCUGCUUCAUAGCACCUGGGCUCAAGCAGUCCCUGUAGAAAGUGGUGGUGAGAUUUUGAAGCUAACUGCGUGGGCUCCAUCUUAGAGAAGAUACCCCCUGGUAAUUAUUGCUGCAGAUUCUUGGAACCAGUGUGAAUGUGAUAUCUAGUAUAAUUAUAGCAUCCGUGCUUUUUCAUUUAUUUUUAAUUGGAAAAUAAACUGUUGGAAAUGGGGUAGUCUAGUCCCCAAGCACUGAAUGGAAGAACAGGAAUGAGAGAUUGACUGAGGAAUGGGACUGAAGGAUGAGUCCCACUGCUUCCUUCCUUCUGCUACUCCAGCCUGGGAGUCUGAAGAUAACUAGUAUGUUGGAAGAAUGUGGUUUGGAUGGGAGAUUUGGGGAGGAGGAGUUCACUUGUGUUUGGGCAGGAAACUGCAUACUCUGGAGAAUACCUCUUUGAGAAUUCAAGACCUCACUUAUGCUGUAAGGGCCAUGUGCCUUGCGGCCUUAGCUGGCACCUCCUAGUGCUAGCUCUUUCUUAUCAUGUGCCAAGUGUGAUCAGAGUGAUGUGCCUGAAGCUGAUGCAGAAGCUACGGGAGACUCACGGCUGUAGUCUUUCUAGUCUUCCCACAUCUCACUUAAGAAAAAGCUAAAGUAUCCCCUCUGCCCAAGCAAAAUAUCUUAUCCCAGAUGCCUCAACCAUGGGAAGGGCUUUUUUUUUCUUUUUUUUCUUUUUUUUUUUUUUUUGAGAGGGGCUGGUGGUGCUAGGCAGAGUAAGGUAGAAUGGAGCUUGAAUCUCACUCCUCCUGACCCUUAUGGAGACAUUAUGAUUCCUUUGAUGAUCUGCUCGAAAUAUUGUAAGUUUACCAAGGAUGUUGUGGGAAAAUGGGCUCUGUCCAUGUAGUGCUGGCUUGAGUCUAGCACGGGGGUGGUGGUGUCUAACUGACAGUGUGUCUGGUCUUACCUGCAGCCUCCUCAGGAGGCCAGUGGAGGAUAUGGCCAGCUGUUUCUUGUAAAUUUCUGGAGAGGUUGAGAAGAGGAAGAACAACAAUUUUUUUUGUCCCUUCCUAGCUUGAGUCCCCUCCUCUCUUACCAAAGAGGGGUAUCCAUUACUAUUUUUUAGUUCUUACAGCCCACUUCUUCUCUUUGUAUGUAGACUCUGUCUCACUUCUGGUCAUAAGAUACCAACAGAGUUAAUCAUCUUAACAUCUCAGGGCUCGUACUCCACGAAGCCCAGGUUUGCUCUGACACUUGGCUCUCUCCACAUUGAGCCAAAGGCUUGAUUCUUAGAAACCUCACAGCAUUAAGGUACAUGAGAUUGACAUACUAUUUCAUGUGUCCGGUUGGACACUUCUGUGGAAAUGGGAAGAUGGACAUGUCCCUUACCUUGAAGUUUUAAGGUUUGGGAAAUAUGUUAUCUUUGCCUUUCUGUGACCCAGACCUCAGUAAGACCAUGGAAGGUGAGCACUGGAGAACCUAUUCUGCAGCAGAGCCAGCUUUCCACAGGGAAUACAGAGCAACGGAGGCCAGGGUCUGAUUACAUAUGGAAAAGGCAAGUUGUCUUAUCUCUGAAUCUCUCAGUUAGUGGGGCGGGUGUUUGGGAGGGGUGGCUCUGAUAAAGCCACUGCUAGGAGCCUGAACGUUUCCUAAACUUGUUGAUUGUGAUGCUUUCCCCUUUUGGUAGGAGAUAGGGGGAGUCUAAGGAGACUUAGUUCGACUACCUCUGUCUGCUAUAUGGAAUGAGUGUGGAAACAGAUCUGGGAAUUGCUCUCUCAAGUGUCUCCCAAGCUCUGUCCUUUUCCCACUGUCCUCGGCCAGGAACCUGGGGCGGGGGAAGGGGCUCAUCUACUACUCCUCACUUUGUGCUGUAGGUGGAACCAUUUUGGGUAAUAUAAAAGCAUGAGGUAGGGGAAGAUCACAGCCCCUUUUGUGGGUGAGGGGUGGACCACCAUGUUGGAGCAGGGGGUUUUGUUCUGUUGCUGAGGAAGUGACUGGAAGGAGAUACUCUGUAGAAUGAUCUUGUUGCCGAAACUUGAGACUGAGGUAUCACAAAGGGAGCCGUGGACCUGUGCUCUAUUAACUGAGCCCGGAAACACGGUCAGAACGUUUUAAAGCUCCAUUCAGAUUUAAUUUCCUAACUGCCAUUUGCGGGCCUGGAGCCCGAGGACAGCGAUGGGGCUUGCUUUUCCCAAGUUACCUGUCCUUACACAGUCUCUGACUGAGCAGACAGUGUCCUGCUUUGGUCAGCAACUCUGAGGCCUCCCUUUAUUAACACCUUUCUGUCUUUCAUGAGGAGGAUCUGUAUCAUCUUGGACAUAUUUCUUCCCUCACUUACCUAAAGGCAGUUUUCGUAUGAAUUCCUUUCCUUCUGUUACCCCCACAGUGUGUAGACACAUGGAAGGGGGGAGGUGGGGGAUCUGGGGCUCCCUGCCAGGGUCCCUCACAGACUGCGCACCUUUUGCACCUGGCAACCUCUUGGCUGUUAGUUUUAACAUAUCCGGACAUGACUAUCAAUAUUGUCAUGAGAUUUCUUGCUCUCAUUUCAAUUAUUCUUCCUUUGACUUUCUUUGGGGCUCUCCCCACCCAUGCCUGGUCUUCUCAUGAAGAUCAUUCAGACCUCAUUUCCAUCUCUUGAAUGUUGAGUAUUACAUCACUGCUAGGGUGCUUCAUGGUGCUGCUCCUGAAGAGGCCAGCUGGACAGAAUCAGUCAGCUCCGUCUCACUGAUUCCUUAGAUCUUGCUGUAUUUUGUCUCUAUUAAAUGUUUUUCCCUAGGGGGUUGGGGUGGGAGAUUUAGGGGUAGCUUUUGUGUUUUCUCUUUCUCUCUUGCUCUCUCUCUCUCUUCUCCCUCCUCCUCUUCCAACUUCUUCCUCUUUCUCUCUGUAUGUAUGUAUGGAUUGGUUAAAGUCAGUUAUCAUGGGCAGCUGACUUUGACUCCAAAUUCAAGUUCACCCACAUAUUGUAUAGCUGCACACAGAACACCUUUGAGUGUGAAUUUGGAUGGCAACUAGAGGCUUACUUUUUGAACUUCAGGUAUGUAACUGAAAAGUAAAUAAAGACACUAUUUUUUCAGUAA